UUUGCUCGCCGACACAUACACACAGGGAUUUCGACACGGCAACGGCAAGCGUUCGUUACAUAGACACGAUUCCAUGCAAAUUCAGAUAUUAUUGUACAAACACUCCCGAUAACCUAAAAAGGGGACAUAGUGUGCCAUCUCGAAAUUUCGUUAGACUUAUCGUCCAAAAUUGAAGUCGAUAAUUCGCAAACGGAUUUAGGCGACUAAAACUUUACGAUAUCGAUUUACGUGUACAUAGAUCCGCGACAGUUGUCUUUCCGCAAUUCGCAGAAUUUUUAUUUCAUUUAUUCCUGUUUAAUACGAGUGAUAAAGGGAGUGCAUCAGCGUUGCGUCUCUGUCAAGGAUCGAUUGAGGUACUUUAUAAACGUAUAAUCAGUGAUUCUACGAUAUCACAAUGAUAAAAUUAGUGACAAAAUUGAAAAGAAUCAUUGGAGGUUAUGUUCGUAUCCGUUGUUUUAGUUGUCGAAGAAAAAACAUUUGUUCGCGCGCGUUAUUCUCGAUCAGAAGCGGGGGAAAAAUAAUCUUUAUCCUUCCGACCGGAUUCGGUUCGGAUGCGGAACCGGAAUCUGGGAAGUGCGAGUGAGAUGCGCAUGUACGAGUUAGGGGAGCGGAGUAAACCCGAUGCGCCGGCGGACGCUCUCACAUCGAGGCGGUGCGCCUUCGCGGCAACACGUAUUCCACGCGAAACAGCAUAACUCUUUUCGACCUUUCAUUCCGUUACGAGUUUAUUCACGGCUUUUAAGUAUGUCACUUUUCUGAGAUCUCGAGAUUACCACGUAGAAGAGAUUUUGUUAUCGAAUUGCGAACGUUUUUCUCGUCUCGAGUCAGAAGAAGAUAUAACGUGCGACGAAUCGUAACGUAAUUAAAACCUAUAGAACACGUGUCUCCUUGAUCUUCUCGCGAGUGUUUGAUUCAUUUCGAGAAAAUCGUUGAGAAUACGAAACGAAGAAACAGAAAAAAAGAAAAGGAAAAAGAAAAAAAGAAAAAAAGAGAAAAAGAAAAAGAAAACAAAAACGAAGAAAAAGGCAAAAAAACUAUACGGAUUCGUUGAAGAUCGGGCUACGUCGGACGGCGAGGAUGUCGUUCUUCAGAGGCUUGUGGAAGAGCAGUUCGAAGCAUAAGAAACUAUGCGAGGAAUGGGCCCUGGCGAACAGUCGCGAAUGCGUGGAGAGUGGCGGCACAGCAGCUUCAACACACGAGGAAUCCGAGGAUGCAUCGGAGGCCAGGUUCACCCUCAAAUAUUUGGGCAGCACCCUCGUCGAGACGCCAUCGAGCGAGGAGGCCACGGCUGAAGCCAUAAAGACGGUCAUUACCAUGGCAAAGGCGAGCGGUAAAAAGUUACAAAGGGUGUCUUUGGCUGUGAGCUUAAGAGGUAUCAGAAUGACUGAUUUGGCCACGGAGGAAGAUCAGCUACAAGUAUCGAUAUACAGGAUCUCUUAUUGCUCGGCCGACGCAACCCAUGAUCAUGUGUUUGCAUUCAUCGCGACGAAUCUAAAUGAGACGAUGGAAUGUCACGCGUUUCUCUGUCCAAAGAGAAAAAUGGCGCAAACGGUGACAUUGACGGUGGCCCAGGCAUUCAAUACCGCUUACGAAGCUUGGCAAUUGUCACAGGCUGAUCCGAGGAUUCAUCAUGCUCAAGAUAAAGGGUCUACUUUGACGGAUGAGAAAAACGAAACAAAUGAAAAAAAGGAUUGCAACGAGACGAAGACGUCGGCGAAGAUGAUUCAACAAAACAAGCAGAACGGUCAACAACGUCAUACCAUCAAUGAAGGUCAAAAGAACCUUUUAAUUGAUCUCUCGAACGAUCCUAAGCCGGCGGGGAAUUCAUGGGUAAGCUUCGAGGAAGAAUCGAGUUCGGAUAGCAAGAGAUCGCAAAAGAAUUCGGCCAAUAGUAUUCCCAUGACCACACUGAGACACACGAGCACGUCCACGCCGUCUCAUCACGUAGUACCGAGGCCAUCGACAGGAUUCAAGAUGCAAAACGCUUGGGGAGAAUCCAGAUCCGUCGAUCUAAUGUGCUCGUAGCAGACAUAGCCUGCGGCUGACAGCUUCAGAGACGUGCCAUUAAUCACGGGUCUCUGGAAGCAUCUGUCGAAUAGCGGCCAAACGAAGAAAACUAAUCCUUAGACUAAUAUCAAGCUCGCCGAGGAGGAGAGUAAAUGUGAUUUUAAAAUGUGACACGCAAUAUAUAUGGGAAAGGGAUUAGAGCGAAUCGAUCGUUGGAUCGAUUUUUAAACCGUUCGACGGAAAACGAAACCUCUUUCUCCUCUAGGAGAAAAUAGAUCAUCGAAGAGAUCAUCAUUUUUUUACUUGGACCUGCCUCGAAAAAUGACCUGCCGAUCGAAAGAGAUGUCUCCUCUUUCCUUUUUUCUCCGUGUGAUAAGGUUUUUAUCGAGUAUACCACGUAUCCUUUUAUUCUAUUCCAUUUCGUACGUAGAGAUUACGGGAAACGAUCGUCCGAUGGAUUUUCGGUCAUGAUGGUAUAUAUAUAUAUAUAUAUAUAUAUAUAUAUAUAUAUAUAUAUAUAUAUAUGUAUCACACAGGUACGUGCAUACACGCACGCACGCACGCACGCACACGCAAAGCACACACACACACAUUAGAAAAGCUUUUGACAGGACCAACAAGAAUAACGCGUUUUCGAUUAGGACUGGUUACGAAAGAAAAAAAUCCUGCCAUUGAAUUUUCUUAGACGUUUACAUUUUUUUACAUUUCAAACGAAUCGAGUUCAUUUCUUUGAAAAUAUGUUUUAAUAUCGGUCUAUCGGCCGUAAUCAAUCUUUUAAAACCAGAUACGAAAGGAACGACGUUAAUCGAACUUUCCAAGUGUAUGUAAGAAGGUAGGUUAACGAUUUUAAUACAAGGUUGUUCUGUAUGCAUAUCGCAAGUUAUAAGAAUUUUAACAAGAGAGUAAAAAUUGUUCCUUUUCCAUAACGCGCAUUGGAAGGAAAUAUGUAAUUCCGUUUAAUGAUACGUACGCAUCUACACAUAUAGCUAUUAUAAAUUUUGACGGCAAGAUGAGAAAACGAAAGCCACUGUAUUUAGUCUUCGAAAUAGGCGUUCGUUACAUGUUAGAUAAAUGUGUUGAUAUAUGCGUUAUAGGAUAUAUACGUCUCUAUUACGUCUAUUUAAUAGCAGUACGUUUAAAUAUCGCUGGUAACAUUCGAAUAGAUAUAAAUUAGCUUUAUACGUCGUUAUGUGAAUCAUAUCACUCGAUAUUAUGUAUCGCUAGAUUAAACUAUGGCUUAUACAGAUUAUACUCAUCAAUCGUUGCUCGCGUUAAUCCUUUUCUUUCUUUUUUUUUUUUUUUUUUUUUUUUCUACUUUCUUUAUAGACCAAGCGAGAUAGAGAAAAUAAUUAACGUUUAGCAAAAUUAGGGAAAAUCGAUUUUUAUUACGUCGACAAUCGUUUAAAACGUUAAGCUAAACGUUGAAAGUACUUGUCGUAGAUUAUAUGCGUCGUUUAUCUCGUUUUAAAACAAAUUUCGAGUAUGAAACGUGCCGCUGUUAUAUUCGAAAUGUUUAAUUUUAUAUAUUUAAGUAACGUUUACAGGCCUAAUCAAUAUCAUUUUCUAAUAAUCGUCUCGUUAUAAUACGUUUCUAUAUUCUUAUAUAUUGCAAUUCUCUUAGAGACACUAAUUAAAACAGAUUAUUCCUCUGUCCGACUGCGUAGCUGACGUUGAAAUUGAUCGAGCGAAAAUGGUACAUCAUGUUUUAUUCGUUGCUUUAUCCUAUCGUGCUAUCCCACGAGAUCCCAUUAAAUGUUAGCGAAGGAUGCAUAAUCGAAAUACACGUAUACAUAUCUUUCAUAGGACGAAUAUUUUAUCUCAUCCUCUCACGUUUGUAUGUUAAUACAUGAGACUCGUCUAUUAAAGAGGAGUUCGUCUUCUUAAUCCUCUAUAUAAGUACGUAUGUACGUACGUAUAUGUACGCGCGCAAUUUAAUUUUUAAAUAAAUUAUUUAGGAACAAAACUGUGCUGCCAUCUGUCGGCACGGUCUAACAAGCGCUAAUACCUUCACGUAUCGUUAUCGAUCCGAAUUUUAUUUCUUUACCCAUUUAAUUGAACGUACGAGUUCCUUUAUCCUACGUUAGAUGGCGAAAGAAAUCGAAACAAAUUAUUUAUUUAUAAUGCGCAUCUUGCAAUAUUGCUUUUCUUAAUGAAAUUAUUGGACGUAAAAAGGACCGAAGAACGAUGAAAGUUAAUCGAGAUUGUCUGUACUUUUCUUCUCUAGCGUAAAUUUAUGUCAAGGAAACGAACGAGCUAUCGUCACUUCGUAAAAGUGAUAGAUCUUGGAAAACAUUUAGACUUAAUAAAUCGAGAACGAUCGCCGUACAUUUUUCAGAUAAGAAGAACGAAACAAAGUUAUGGCAACGAUGAACAAGAAGAAUAAGAAGACGAAGAUGAUGAUGAUGAUGAUGAUGAUGAUGAUGAUGACGAGCAAGCAGACAUAUUUACCUGUGAAUUUCCUCUUAAACUCGAGCGUUUCCUUUACCCUUCUCGAUUUGGUCUCUUCGAAACUUUAAUUACGUUAUUCCAACAACGAACAGCCAUUACAAAACUUUUGGGCAAGUUUUAGUUUUACGAUGAGUAGCCGAGAAAGAGAGAGAGAAGGGCACCGGAAGUAACCGGUCUCAACAGCUUGAUUCAAAGUGGCGGAUGUCGGAUAUCAUUGUUUUCUAGGAUAAGGGGUGAAGGUAAGAGAGAAGGGUGAUGCGACAUGCACUCGCGAACUACUCUAAUGCAUCCCAUAUGCCUCGAGGAAGGAAGAUGCUCUCCAACAUCCACCAUUUCUCUUUAUCUAUCUACCUAUCUCUUUCUCUUGCUCAAACAUACAUGGACACACAUACAUAUACGUAUUAUCUUUCUCCUUUCACACCAAGCAGCUAUGUCUGUACGCCUACGCGAGCAAAACUAAAAGGUAUUCAUCCUGGAACAAAGUCGUCCAACGCACGUGAACGUUCUCACGAGACUUUGUGAAUGUUACAGAAAGAGAGAGAGAGAGAGAGAGAGAGAGAGAGAGAGAGGGAGAAGGAGGGAAAGAGAGUGUGUAUACAUUGUACUAGAUAGAAAGGAGCAGUACGAAGAUCUAAUACACCUUUGUCACGUAGACAUACGCUGGAUAUUAAUUAUACCUUCGUUUUCAAUGUUAACCGAAUGCAAUCUUUACUAAUCAAUCGGUUUAUCCUCCUUCGAGAACAAUGAGAUUUAUGAAAAA